AUUCUUAGGCGCUCUAAAACAGGGGAAGAUGAUUGUAUCAAGUCAUCAUUAACGAAAAUUACAAAUGAGAUCGUUUGCUGAAAGGUACUUUAUGUCCUUAGUCAGUCGGUACCACGCCGUAAAAACGUGACUCAAAGACUUCCUACAAGCAGGGUGCGGAGCCAAUAGGUGUUGAGGAAAGUAAGGCAAAGUGCCGCCCGUCUAGGAGGGGAGUUGACGUUGACAGGCAAUGCUGCGCGAGAAGCGCAAGCGCAGUAGCAAGAUCUCUUAUGAAACAGGUGAAGAUUGAAUAGAGAAAAGUCGGCUUUGCCUUUCAGUGCAACGUAUUAGCGAGGAAAAAAAACACAAAACCCGGGAUAAAGAUGCAGUCCCCCGCUGGGGCGACUUAGGCAGCAUAUCGUGACGGGUACUUUUACCCAUGCAACCAGCUGAGUGAUCAUGGGCCCAAAUUCCAUCCACUGGUUUCGCAAAGGUCUGAGGCUGCAUGAUAAUCCAGCCUUGAGAGAGGCAAUUCGGGGAGCUGCCACCGUCCGAUGUGUUUACUUUCUUGAUCCAUGGUUCGCUGGAUCAUCUAACCUUGGGGUCAAUAGAUGGAGAUUCCUCCUACAAUGUUUAGAGGACCUUGAUGCUAGCCUUCGAAAAUUAAACUCUCGACUUUUUGUCAUCCGGGGCCAGCCUGCAAAUGUGUUCCCCAGGCUUUUUAAGGAGUGGAAGAUAUCCAGACUCACAUUUGAGUAUGACUCUGAGCCUUUUGGAAAGGAACGUGAUGCUGCUAUUAAGAAGCUGGCUUCUGAAGCUGGAGUGGAGGUGAUAGUAAAAAUAUCUCACACUCUGUACAACUUGGACAGAAUUAUUGAAUUAAAUGGAGGACAACCACCUUUAACUUAUAAGCGCUUCCAGACCCUGAUCAGUCGCAUGGAGCCUCCAGAAAUGCCAGUUGAGCCAAUUUCUGAAUUAAUCAUGGGAAAGUGUAUGACACCAAUCUCUGACGAUCACAGUGAAAAAUUUGGUGUCCCUUCUCUGGAAGAACUAGGUUUUGACACAGAAGGACUUGGCUCAGCAGUGUGGCCUGGUGGUGAAACAGAAGCUUUAACACGGAUAGAACGACAUCUGGAAAGAAAAGCUUGGGUUGCCAAUUUUGAAAGACCCAGAAUGAAUGCAAAUUCACUUUUGGCAAGUCCAACAGGAUUGAGUCCCUAUCUCCGUUUUGGCUGCUUGUCAUGUCGGCUUUUUUACUUCAAGUUAACAGAUCUCUAUAAAAAGGUGAAGAAGAAUAGCUCCCCUCCUCUCUCGCUUUAUGGUCAGCUACUUUGGCGAGAGUUUUUUUAUACAGCUGCUACUGCCAACCCUCGAUUUGACAAAAUGGAGGGAAACCCUAUCUGUGUUCGCAUUCCAUGGGAUCGGAACCCUGAAGCUCUUGCCAAAUGGGCAGAGGGCAAAACUGGAUUUCCUUGGAUUGAUGCUAUCAUGACUCAGCUCCGCCAAGAGGGUUGGAUACAUCAUCUGGCCCGACAUGCGGUGGCCUGCUUUUUGACCCGUGGUGAUUUGUGGAUCAGCUGGGAGGAGGGUAUGAAGGUUUUUGAAGAACUUUUACUGGAUGCAGACUGGAGUGUAAAUGCCGGAAGCUGGAUGUGGCUUUCUUGCAGUUCAUUUUUUCAACAGUUUUUCCACUGCUACUGUCCUGUUGGUUUUGGGCGCAGGACGGAUCCUAAUGGUGACUACAUCAGACGAUAUUUACCUGUUCUUCGAGGUUUUCCUGCCAAAUAUAUCUAUGACCCAUGGAAUGCGCCUGAUGCUGUGCAGAGUGCGGCCAAGUGUAUUAUCGGUGUGCAUUAUCCCAAGCCUAUGGUCAACCACGCCGAGGCCAGCCGCCUCAACAUAGAACGGAUGAAGCAGAUAUACCAGCAGCUGUCCCGCUAUAGGGGGCUAGGACUUCUUGCAUCUGUACCCUCAAACCACAAUGGAAAUGGCAGUGGGGGGAUGAUGGCGUAUUCCCUAGGAGAACAGAUACCUGGAAAUUGUAGCACACAUGUUUCAGGCAAUUUAACUGCCAGUGGAAUUGGAAGUAGCAGCAUUCUUUUGAGCUAUGAUACUGAGGAACAGCCUGGACCAAGUGGAGUACAGCAGCAAAGUUACCAGGCAGCAGGUGGAAAAAUCCAUGCAGUUUCCACUCAUCGCCAUUACCCUUCCAGCACUAAUCACAUUGAGUUUGCUGUGCCACUGCAACCAGGCAGAAUUAUUUUCAGCAGUGGUAAUCGAAACAAUUCAGGGAAACGUGAGCAUGAACCUGACAGAGACGGCAGUACUGAUGAGGAGACCCAAUCAGCUCUGAAAAUGCAAAGGCGAAAUGAGGUAAAUGAAGACCUGAAAGGUGUCAACAUGGUGUCUUAUUAAGUUUAUACAAAAACUACAUGGAAGAAGAAUGUCAGAAAUAGAUCUCAAUAUAAUGUAACAGUUGUUUUAUGAACCAGCAGCUUUUUGUUUCUUUGUUAGAAUUGUAACUGCUUUAAAGUGGAUAUUUGCCUUGAAGAAGUUAUUUUCAUUUGUGUUUUUAUGUCCUUUAACUUUGUGUGUGUGUGUGUGUGUGUGUGUGUGUGUGUGUGUGUGUGUGUGUGUGUGUGUGUGUAUGUGAGAGAGUGAGUGAGUGAGUGAGUGUGUGAGAGAGAGAGAGAGAGACAGUAUCAUUCUGAAUUGGAAAGGGAAAAUAAUUCUGUGACUCAGCUAAUCAGACUCAGGGUUCAAAAAUCCAACUAAAAGAAAAUGAGUUCUGAUAUAGUAGAUUCUGCACAAUCUACCUCUCUGUGAGAAGGUCUAAAAUACUUUCAGCUGUGUAUCCACCUGUUUAUUUUUUAUACUUGCUUUAUGUUAUUGGGGAUCACCGAAGUUGAACCUGUUGGCAGUGGUGCAUACGUUUCUGAAUUUUUGAUACUUGUGUCCUUAAAAUUAAGCAACUCCAGGAAUACCACCUGUAAUUAAUUGUAUGGCUGCAAAAAAUAAUUUUUAUCACAGGAUUUAAGUUGUGAACAAGGAUUGUACCAAAAUUGUGUCAUUUAUAGAUCAGUGAGGUGAAGAAAUGGACAUUUAUUCUGUCAAGCAUAAAAUUAUUUAGUAUUUUGAGUUUUCACCUGUCAAAUGCUGGCUAGCAUUAGUUGUAAUCUCAGGGUAGGCAAGAAGUUCCUCCUCAUGUAUUCAUUCCUUUAGCAAUUAGAUGCAUGCAUUUACAUUUCUAGUCAUAGCUAGUAUGGCAUCUAUUCAGGAUUUUAUUAUAUUUUCCAUAGUUUAAAUGUGAAAGUAUUAUUCCUUACUAGAGAGAGAGAGAGGGAGAGAUCGAUCAGUACUACUGUAUUCACUUGAACCUUAAAAGCAUUUUUUGUUGGUUGUAUGCAGCUACUAGAAUCUCUACAUCAAGAAUUUCUUGAAAUCAGUCACCACCUCUACUAAAUGCUUUAUCCAUAAUUAUUCAUCUACAUGUUCAUAGGUACACUGCUUUUUGAUAGACAGAUAGAUAGAUAGAUACUUUAUUAAUCCCAGGGGGAAAUUCACAAUUUUGGUCAUCCUUUUGAAACUGGUGUUUCAGGGGAGGGACAUUACCAGAUAUGUUCAGCUGUCAAUAUUUUUGAAACUUAGUCUGGACCCUAAAGUCUAAAAUUGAAAUGCAUUUUUUUCUUUCAUGUUUUUGCAUUUAAUUUUUUUAAAGUUGACUCUUUAGCAUCACUAUUUAAUAACUAUUUUUUAAAUUUGCUAUCAUACCUGCUACAGUGCAGCAAUAGAACAUUGUCUGUAUUAUAGCAUUUUUUAAAAUUAAAUAAUUAUUUUCUAGAACUUAACUGUUUUAAGGCACAACAUGUAUUAUAAAACAAAACUUAAAGUCUAUUGUUAUCAUCCUAAACUAUGGGCUGAAAAUGUUUGCCAGUACCGAGUAGUUUUUAAAAAUGGUAGGGUGGAGUUUUUGUGCAGGUCAUUCCAUUCACUCCUGUACAAUUACUUUUUCAGAAUUAACUGUGCUUUGCUUAUUUUCCCAAAUAUGUAAACAAAAUGUCUCAAAUUAAGCAAAAAUAUUUUGUAAAACUUGGUUUAGUGGCUCAUGUGACACCGUAUUUGGUUGUAAUAUAGAUUUUUUUUUUAUAACUUUGGAAAUCUGUAGCUGGCUUCUAUGGUAUUGAAAUACAUACAGGAUAUGAAGAUGUAGACAUUUUCUAGACAGUGUCACUAAGUGUCAGUGGUAAAUUCACAUUCUUUGGCAUAUGUGACACUUAAGACAGUUUCACUAGUGGCAUAUGUACAGUCUUGUACAUAAUUAAUGUCUUUUUACAAGGCUAUAUUGGCCAAAGUUCAUACUUGUACAAGUGAACUUAUUGGAAAUUGCUCAGGAUUCUCCCAUGAAACCAUUUGUUAGGUUUCCAUCAGUUAGAUAGUGCUUUAAUGUAAAUAGUGAAGAAUCAGGAAAUGUAUAGUGUAAAUAUACAUAUAUUUAUGUGGGUUUUUGCCUUAUGGAUUUGGAUGAGAUGUAUUCCUAAUGAAUGUGCUGUGUUGUGCUUGAAUAAUGUGCCUGACAGAUUUUUUAGCUUGAGAGAUUUUUUUUUCUUUGUUACCACUUCAACCAAAAUUACAGUUUGGUUUUCUGUUUUAUAUAAUUGCAAUAAAUGUUAUCCUUUAAGUAAUUUGAAAAGAAAGCAAAAAAAUGAUGCAAUAUUUUUACUGGAAAAUGUUAGUUAUGCAUAAAUUAAGACAUGAUUACAGUUAUUAGGGAAACAAAGGGGCUAAUGUGUCUUAUUUUCACAUGAAAGGUCAUGUUUAGCUACCUGAAAUAAAACCAGCAUCUGUUAUUCUGAAUGCCCUCCUUUUUAUUUUAUUCCAGUUGUGUUGAGGGUAUUGUCAGUAGACAUCUUGAGACUUCUUUUUUGUGCACAUGGACUGAGAGAGCUGAGGAGAUAUUAAGCCUUUGUGUAUGAUGGUGUUCAUUUUUUCUUUUUAAAUUUGUGCUGAGAGAGAGAGGUUAACAAGACUUCUCACCUACUGAAGUUGGUCACGGAAUUAUUUUCAUCCCAUUUUUUCCAAUGAGAAAUGUCUGUCAAAUAAAAACUGUUUAAUGAAGAAAAAGCAACCACUGUCUUGUUCUAAACUGUUUUCAGAGUUGAGGAAGGCAUGGGGUAGGAUAGAAUGAUGUGACUUAAAACUUUGUAGUAAUGGUCACCCUUCAGUUCUCUUGCAAGCCAAAUAUAUAAUGUGGAAAAAGUGACAAAACCACUUGAGAUUUAAUAAUGUUUUCAGCUUACAAAUAUGGAUGAAAAGAUCAGUUCUCAAUAUAUUUUUGAUUUUUUUAUUUGCUUAUCAAGUAACAAGUAAAUGUCAAGAGUUUAAUAUUGGGACCAUUUAUUUAAUCUAUCAUGGUAAAAUAAUAUUGUGUAUUGUUUUUACCUUGUAUAUUUGUCAAUUCUGUAUAUAAAAUUGUUGUGGAAGUUUAUUAUAUGAGGAAGGGAAGGAGAGUUAGUCCUGUACACUGCCUCGUGGAGAGUAACAGGAUAAGUUAGGUGUUCAUCAAGCCAGUUAUUUCUUCACAAACAUGGUAUGUAUGCAUUUGGCAUGUGAAACUGUGUUCUAAAGUCAAGUGUUUUCUAAAUUUUAACAGAUACAUAGCCAGCCCUGAUGUUUUAAAAUUUAACCUAUGGGGUACAGGACACUUGGAAAACAAAAGCCUAAAAACUUAUAUGUCCAAAGUCAAUAAACAACAUCACAGUAAACUUUUCCUGCCACCAGCUUGGUAUUGUGUUGAUUUUCUUCCAUAUUUAUGUUCGAACUCCUUCCAUUAAGGUCACUCCUAUCACACAAGUAAAAAGAAAAUGUAUUCUUACCUCGAGAAAAAUAUUAGCAAGUAUAUGUGAUAAAAAGAUUGUUUACAGAUCUCUUUUGAAUGGAUGGCAUGUUUUCUUGUAUUGAAAUGUUUACAGCUUGUUUUUUAAUUUUUUUAAAGGGUUUUAUUUUCCACUGGUACCUCAUGCCUCAUAGGUUAUAUUACAAAACUCCAGGACCGUCGAUGUAUUUUUUUUUUUUUUUUUUGUAAUUUAUAGAAAAUUCUUAACUUUAGAACACAGUUUCCCAUGAUACAUGCAGGUUCAACAUGUUUGUGAAGAAAUACAUUUGACUUUAAAAAUAACAAACUUACCCUUUAAGUUGUUUGAAAUGAAAAAGAACAGAGUCGAUCGAAUUUUUAAGGUAUACCCAUACAUGUACACUUGUGUACUUUUAGUGGGUUGAUACUUUUUAUUGUUAUUUUUUUAAACAAGAUACAUAAGGUGCUGUCUACCACCCCAGCUGUGCAUUGCUGUGAAAACUUCUAACUGGUGUGUUAGCCCCUUUCACACUAGGACUUCAGCGUGGGUUGUAACCCAACCCUAUUUCACCCCAAGUUGCAUCUUUGUAUUUUGUGAUGGCGCCUACUUAGGUUGGAGUUGGAAUUUGACUCAGGUAGGUGACACAAAUUGUAGUGGGUGGACGCCCUGUGGAGAUCGGGCAACACUCAACUGUUUGGAUUUUGCAUGCAGCCAGGUGUUUGCUUCAUAGUAUGUAGCACAAGUUCAUUUCUGUUGAAUGAAACAACAAUCCAUAGCGACACACUAUAGAAGGAGUCUGUGGAAGUUGCAAGGACAGCAAUAACAAAGUUCAUAUUAAAAUGCAGUUUUGAGUUUUCACAUUCUUCCCGUACGUAAAGGUAAAGGCGAGUUACAGUUUAGCGAACUACUAAAUUAUUCUUUCUGGUGGGUGUUAAAGCAUUGGUUUAUGUUCUCUUUCUUUUGGUUUUAUGUUGUUUAUGUAGAGAAUUAAAUUUUUAAAAAUUGUCCCUUAACAUGUUUUGAGAACAACAACAAAGUUGUACAUUUUUAAAUCGCACAUAAAGAUUGCACUCAAUGUUAGGCAUUUCUUUUAAGGACAAAAUCAUUAAAUCAUUGAAUUUUUUGCAUCCUUAUUUAAAACAAAAAAAAAUCACUUGAAUCAUAAUGGCAUAUUGGGCUGUCAUGAUCAGGCAUAGCUAGAUAAACUGGGAUUGACCAGUUGGUCUGUGAUAGAAAUCAAAUUUAAGAUAAUGCAUUGGCUCUAUAUCACACCAGGCAAGCACCUAAAAGUAAGAUGUGGACUUGUGUGGUCCAGGAACGCUAAUAAUAUGACGUGCCUGGAUAUCAUUGUACUUUUUGUAUUCCUCACCUGACUGAGGAGCCCCUGCUAGUAAGCAUUGAUCUCGAGUCCCAGAAUCUAAAUUUGUUUGUUGUUCAGUAUUUUCUCUGUAUCUAGGGGACUAUAUAUGGUGUACAGCAAAGGAACCAAAUUUUGAACCACAUCCAAAGCCACAUUCUGUGUUGUCACCACCCUUACCAAAAAGCUAACCGGACUUUCCAGUUAAGUUGCAGCUAUUAAAAUGAUUAAAGAGUACUUACCUUUUUCAUUGGAGGCUGCAAGACUUGGCAGAAUUAUAGGUUGUAUUGUCUUCUAGCAACUGUACGUUUCAACAUAUGUUUAUAAAAUUAGCUUGAUUUAAGACAGUCUGACGGGAAAAAGCAGUAUGUUGUGUGUCAGAGGGCUUAUAGGCUGUCUUUGGAAAUUAACAGGUAAAAGUCUGUUCAAAUGUUCUCUGUUUUGUUUCAAUGUUUUGCACUUCACUGUGAAUGUUUUUGGUGGGGGGAUUGGUGAAAUACUGCAAAAUAGCACCGCCUAUGUUGAACUGGAGCUUCUUUCCUUGUUUUGGCAUCAUUAUGACAGUCAAGUUUCAACAUAUUGUGUUAAAAGUGUUCACAAUUGUUGUCUGUAUUUUAAUUAAAAUACAAAUUUGUCCAUA